AUGGCGCUUCAGAUGCGUGCCAGGCCUCAGAUCGGCCUCGGUCGGGCGCCCCGCCUGACCGCGCCCCGCGUGGUGUGCAAGGCCGUGACUGAGGACAAGAGCAGCGUGGCCGACAAGGCCAAGUCGGUGGCCAUGGCGGGGCUCGUUGCCUCUCUGCUGCUCGGAAGUGCCAUCGCGCCCGAAGAGGCCCUGGCCGCGCGCUCUGGAGGCCGGGUCAGCAGCUCUGGCUUCUCCUCGAGGCGCGCGGCGCCUGCGAAGGCCGCUCCGCCGACGUUCCUGAUGCCCUUCCCCUUCUUUGGGGGCCUCCUCCAGAUCGUCUUCCUGCUGGUGAUCGUCAACGUGGUCUUCAGCAUCGUCAAGGGUGCCGUCAACGCCGCGAACUCUGCCGGCAAGAAGAAGGAGGACGGUGACUGGGACCAGCUGUGA